AUGAUGGAGCAAAUUAGGAGUGUUGUUUUUUCAUUCGAUGAUGCAAAAUCGUCUGGAGGUGUUUGCUGGCCAAUAGGUCGUGCUAGUGAUAAAGAUACUUUGAGAAGAGCUUCAAAGGAUAAUUUGUAUUUUAAAAAUAAAUCUUUAAGUAAAAAACAUGCUUUAUUAUGUAUUAAAUUACUGGAGCCAAUAAGGGACGAUAUCCAUAUUAUCGAUCAAUUUAGAAUUUAUAUCAAGGAUUUAGAUAGCACUUAUGGUAUCGUUGAUUUAAAUUCAAUCUACAAUACAAAUGCAAAAAUUAUUGACUUGAAGAAUGGCGAAAGAUUUGGUUUGAUACAAAUCGAUGAUUCUAACAGGCCUUCUUCUUCUCAACACCAUCAUCGUCAUCAUCAUCAUCAUCAUCAAAAUGAAGAUGCUAGAUUGAAGUUUCAAGUAAAUAUUCAAUAUCAUGAUGUGGAAAAUAAGACAUUUGAAUGUAUUGUGAGAGAUGUUUCAUUCGGUGGCACAUCUGUCGUUGCAAAGUCUCCCCCUAUAUCAGAAGAAUCAUUAGAUGAGUCCUGUAAAGAGUCAUCUUCAGUGGCUUCUACUAAUGAGACUUUUCAAAUUGAAGACUAUAAUUAUAUUGAUUUAAUCACCGAGGAUGAUGUAAAUAUCAUUGAUACUGAUGAAAAAUAUUCUGAAGUAGUUAUUGAUGAAGUGUCUUGUUUUGAAAAAAAGAUUGAUAGUGGUGAAACUGAGAAUAGUAAUAAUAAUUUUAAUAAUAAUGAAUAUGAUAACGAUAAAUCUAAUGAUAAUUACAAUGAUAAUGAUAGUGGUAAUGGUAAAAGUAGAGAAGAGUUUACUUUAGUAAGUUAUUCGAGUGAAAAUAUAGUGUCGCCAAAGGAUUCGAAAAAUUCGAAUUUCUAUGUUAGUGACUCUGAAGAUUCAUACGAAUAUAUAGCUUCUCUGAUGAAUAAUGAGUCUCCAAUCUUGAGUGUCGAUUGUUCUUCUUCAUCGUCCUCUUUGAAUUACAAUGGUAACAAGCGUAGUAUCUCAAAUGAAUGUGAAUAUACAGGUUCAGGUGAUAGAAGUAUAGGAUAUGCCAUUAAAAAGAGGGCAAAACCAAAUAAUACAAUUCUAAACGUCAAGAGAGAAGUCCUAAUUAGUGGGUUAGUUGGGUUUACCAUAGGGUCACUAAGCACUUUAGGGAUACUAGUCGGUAUUGCAAAUAGUAUCGAAGGCAGUGGUAAUUAA